AUGGAGGGCGUUGAAGCAGAGGCAGAGAGUAGUGAUAAUGGGGUUUUUAAGGAGAUAGAAGAACAUGAAGACCAUCAGAAAUUGGUUAUGCUUUUCGAGCAGGCCGAGACGGUAGAGAUUGCCGAAGUUAUUUACACUAGGGAGACUGAUCAGAGUUGUGGGUUUGGGUUUAUAACGUUAAGCACUGUUGAAGAAGCUGAAAAGAGAGAGAAAACGGAGUUCCGGAUCCGCUACUGUCAAUGUCUGGAGAAUUAUCCUUUAGCAAUGCUGCUGGCAAUUAGGAGCGGGGAUUUCAGAAAAAGGGGGCCAAUUUCCAGAGAUUUCACUGCAGCAUUGGGCUCCCAAGGUGAGGGAAAAGAGGUUUUGAAAUUUGAAUCUCGAUCUCAGUUAUCGGCAACUAAUUGA